AUGGCUGAAGAACCUUCCGACAAUUGGUUGGUGGAACAACGCGUCGCACAGCUCGAAGAAAUCUCGCAGCGCAGAAAUGUCCUCCUACGCCAAAUGUACCGCAUGCUUCAAAGGAAACAUGACAUUGGAACACUUCUUCCUGCUGACGACGACGACGUUGAUCCUGAUGGAGUUGACGCGUUCUUGGAGAGAUUUGAUUUUGCUACACAUCCAGAGACUAGUAGCAUUGUAACACUCUCACAAGAAGAACUGGAUGUCCCUAUUCCCACCGUCGAGGAUCCCGCCGACGAUGCUGAUCCCGAAUCAGAUGACUUGCUAGCACUUCAGCCCACUGAAGAUCCUGACGUCGGUGCACACGACGCUCAAAGGACCAAACCGCCACCGAAUCCCUACCGACUGCGACCUGCUCAGCCAGAAGACCAGGACAGUGAUAGAGACGAGCUGGACUUUCUGUCUACCCCACCUCGCUCCCGUCAUCGUACUCCGUCUCAACCCCUCGUUCGUUCUCGUUCUCCGUCACAUCCAACUUCCCGCUCUCCACCUCCCGGCUCUCCGGUAGCGAUAGACAUUUCUGACUCAUCCCCUCCCCCUCCGGAAGUCAUAGAUGUCGAUGCCGACGAAGUCGAGAAACGCGAGGAUUCUCCCAUGGAAGUAUUUGAGGUUGACGUCCAAGAACGAGAUGUGAGUGAAACGCACGUCCAGGUCACUAAUGCAGACACGCCCGAAAAUGAAGUUGUGACGGAGGAUAUUGAGGAGGGCACAAAUCCUCAUGUUGUUCAACCUUCGGAAAUGCAACCCGACGAUUCCCCGGCCUUGCAAGAUGUGGGACGCGAUACCGCGCAAGCUCAACCCCUCCCUCCACUCCUUCAGCCUACUACUUCGCCCAAUAAUGAGGCCCCAGAUGAUGUUGCCUCCACGGUUGCAAUGCCCGUCGAAAAUAUGGCUUACCAUCCCGGUCCUGCAGUCGUCUUUGCCGAAGGUUCUUCGGCUGGUGGACCAUUGGUGGCAGAGCACCAGGCCGAUCAUAUACAGCCACCGCCCACCGACGUCGUAGCGGAACCCCCCGCUCUCCAAACUGAUAUCACUGACACGAAAGACUCUCACUCCAAUCACGAAGAUGUAGAGAUGGAAGAUGCCCCAGAAGCGCCGACUGAUCCGGCUUCGGUCACUGUAACAUCGCAACCAGCACCACCAGUUGCUGCCGAUCCGUCUAACGUCGUGCUGCCGACCGAGUCCAGAACUGCAGAAGUAUCGCCGCAGGUUGCGACCAUCUCUCCAGCUACUUUAUUCAUGCCGCCCAUCAUCGAACGUCGGCGCCCUCCUCAUAUACUACGUGGCAUACGUUCUCCUGCACUAGAAAACAUCGGAUAUGUUUUUGAGCCCCCGCAAGAUGUCGACAUGGAGACAUCUGAUGCACCGGCGUCGGACCCAACUCAAUAUCACACAUUCGACCCUCAUUAUACACUCCCUCCUUUGAAGAGUUUACCUGCCGAGUAUCAGCGGAAAGGUAAGUUGACUAAAGCUCAAAGAAAGAGGGAGAAGGAGAAGCGAGAGAGAGAAAAGGACGGGUCUGUUCCAAAGGAUGUUCUAUCGAAGGAAGACAACUGGACACCAUUGGGUUUGAAUCGGUGGGCUGCCGUACUGAAUGCCAAUCCGUUGUACACCAAAGUCAGCAGGGCCACGAAAUGUUUGCUGACGAAAGACUGGGGGACGGCAUUCACGGAACUUCGCCUCAUUAAGACUUUCAAUCACAUAGAAAAUCUCAAAGAUGCUGGGAGGUGGAGCUUUCGCCAGCCUAAAAAGCAACGCGGAGUCGGUGGAUUGCAGAAGACUCAUUGGGAUUACCUCAUGGACGAAAUGAAAUGGAUGCGGACCGAUUUCCGUGAGGAAAGGCGAUGGAAGCUGGCAUUGGCCUAUAAUCUUUCUACCGCUGUCUUGGAGUGGCACGCUGCAGGAGAUACUGCAACCAGAAUAACGAACGGUAUAUGUAUGAAGUGGAGGCCACCUAGGUCCCACGACCGCGUUCCGGAAGAAGAAGAAGAUACAGGGAUGAUUGUCGACGAGGGUCAUCCUUUGCCUGGGUUUACCGAAGAGUCCGCCCCGGGGGGUGACAUAGAUCCCCCAGAAGACCACGAUGAAGACGCACAAUUGAAGCCGAUGAACCCGCUUUCUAUCCUCAACUACAACUCUGAUGAUGACGAUGACGACGAUCAGGAUCCAGAUCAAGGCCAAGAACGGGAACAAAGUGUCGCUGAUGCACUAGAGACCUCUGCGAUGAUAGAUGAUGCUCUGGACGCUCACGACUCCGGUGUUCCAUCUGUGGAAAUGGGUGCCAACACCAUCCAGCCAAAAACGGAGGAGGUUGACGAUCCAUCCGCCUUACAGAAUAAAGAUGCUAUGGCUGUCGAUUCGCAAGAUUCACCUGAACAACCAGUUGAGCAGAAACCGAAGGACCAAAGCCACGAAACGACGCCGACAGGACUCAAGACGGACUCUGCUAAUCCCACAUUGAUGUCUGCAACGACUUCCCGCUCUAGCGAUGAGCUUUCUGCUGCGAAUAGCGCUGCUUCGAAAGCGAUGUUGAAGAGUAUCUAUGCGCCCAUCAGAGAGAGGAUAGCGUAUUCGGAACUGGAUAAACUAUUUCUUGACUUCGACGACCUGGACAUUGCGAGAGAUGAGACGAAGGACCCUGCUAUUGACGAACUCGACCCAUUGUUCCCCCCAUCUGAUUUGGCUUCUGUCUUUCCCGAUUUCCAACCGUAUGGUUUGUUCGACGUUCCGUCGCCGAUCUUCACGUCCGAUGGCAAGAAGAAGUCGGAAAAGAAGUCGGAUAGGGAUGAUCCAAAUAAACGAGCAGAGGAUACUACCUACUCGAAGUUAGUCCCCAUUGGCAAGUUUAUGCACUGCAAACCAACUUUGCUCGGCCCUCUACAACCGUCAAAGAAGUGGAAGAACGGAGAAUGGGUUAGGCUCGACGAUUAUGCUAUAAGCGCCGAAGAAAACCCUGCGAGCAAACCAGUCGACAUCUUCUCAGGUCUCUUCGGGAGCAACAAACCUGUUGGCACUCAAACUAUCCAAUUGUCGAAGGACCGCCGCGCUACCGAAAUCGUUUGGAAUUCCAACGAGGACGCUUUGCUGAAGUCUCUUACUGAGCGGUACCCCAACAACUGGUCCCUCAUCGCAGAAUGCUUCAAUUCCGCUCGGAUUACUCUUUCUACAGACAAGCGAACCGCUCGGGACUGUCUUCAGAGAUAUGACGCCUUGCUUGGCCCAGGGAGUCAGGCGUCCUUGGACGGUACUGGUGUCCCAAUGACGCCAACCACGCAGAUGACCACCCGCGGUGUUAAACGUCUGGCUAGCGUCAGUGCUGCCGGUUCCAGCAUGAUCCCGAACGCUAGUGAGCCAAGAAAACGGCGCCGCCAUGCCUUGGUUCAUGACGCCAUGCGUAAGCUUACUCGGCAACGACUCGCCACCGCACAAAAGAAUGCUAUGGCACAACGAAAGCCGCUGGUUGUACACGACACUCAUACAGAGUACAACAAAUUGCCCAAGAUGUCGCCAGCAGAGUUAGGACGACUGAAGGCAGAAAAGGAAGCGAGAUUGAACGCCGACCAGGCCAUCGUGAAAAGAAAGCAAGAGGAACUUCGCUUGCAGCAGAUGCAACGAAUGCAGAUGGCAACGGCGAAUGGGCAACAAGCGGCGGUACCACACCAGCAACAAGUGGGGAUUGCUCAACAUCAACGCAUCUCUACCCCUGUUUCUGCGAAUUCUCGCCUUUCUCCCCAACAGGUGGCACAGGCCCAAGCCCAUUUACAGCAGCGCAAUAUAUUGCAAACUCAACAAACUCAACCAAUACCCACCCCACAGGUGCCAGCGCAAGUCAGUCAGGUUGCAGUCCAAGGUCAGCCGGCGAUUCAAGCCCCGACGCAGAACGGUGUGCAGGCGGCAAACGGCGCUGGAACCCCGCCUCAGCUUCCUCAGAAUGGGACGGCGGCGACUACCCAUGCGACUUACGUUUCUCCACCAAGAAAUGCUGGCACGCCCGUCAAUUCUGUCUCAAGUGCUACUUCGCCCCGUCCACCCUCAGCUCAGGCCCAAGCAGCUUUGUUGCAUGCGACACAAAUGCAGCAAGCUGUUCAGAUGCACCAGCAAGCCACCGCCCGAACGGGAUCGAAUAUAGCCUAUUAUAUGACGCCGUCUGGUACUCCAUAUACGGCCGAGCAGAUAAACGCUAUGAGGGUGCAACUUAUGCAGCAUCAGGCUGUGGUACAAGCACAAGCACAAGCACAGCAGCAGCAGCAAGGUGCUGGCCAGGGAUCGUAA